AAUGACAGAAGAGGAUUGCUUUGACGACUGUUUCUGGAACACCAGCAUUGAGAUCUGUGGCUGCACGAACGAGAGGCUAAGUGUUCUGUUAGGCGGGAAAAUCUGUGAAGAAAAUGGGUGCUUAGAUGAAGUUUACAAAAACCACUUCAAUUCCUGCUUCACGAUGUGUCCGAAAGCUUGUAGUGAGGAGAAUUACAGUAUAACCAGUAUGGACACCCUUCCAUGGCCAGCUUUCAAUCACCACUAUGAAGAGUUCCCCCAAGUUCACUUUGAUAAUAUUACUCAUGCCAGAUCGAGUCUGUUACGUUUGAAAAUUUGGUAUCCUCGGAUGAUCGAAACUACUUAUUCUCAUCAGCCCAAAUAUGAGGGUAUAGAACUUUUUGGAGCCCUCGGAGGAUACAUUGGGCUGUGGUUAGGAGUUUCCUUGACUACCCUGUACGACAUUUUGGUACCACUAUGCGCUCGAGGACUCAGAGCCAUGAAUAACUUUCUGUUUAAGGAGUAAUCGACUCAAUUUUUAUCGAAAAUUUUCGUCGACAUUCAACACUCUCACUUAGUCGGUGCCCUCACUUAAUGACGUCAUAUACCUCCAUUUUGUCUUCGGGUAAUCUCUUCUUGGCUGCCUUCAAAUAUUUCAGUUAUUCUUUGAUCAAGACGUUUUAGAAAGUUUCGUAAUAGAUCAUCUGUUCCAUUCGUAGAUUGUAAGUUAAUUAGUCUAUGGAUAUGAUGUGCAGGAUGAAUAUCUAAAGAUUGAAUGUUUUAGAUUAACAUGAAAAAAAGUCCAUAUCAGGAGUACGUAGAUUUAAAUGUAAUCUCA